GGCCCGGCGGCUGGGCCAGCUCGGGCUUCGCAGGGAGGAGGAAGGCUCGCCUCGCCAGUCCGCGCCCGCGCUAAGUACCCGCCGCCGCACCCCGAAGAUGGCACCCGUGGGGGGCAAGAAGGCCAAGAAGGGCAUCCUGGAACGCUUAAACGCAGGAGAGGUUGUGAUUGGAGAUGGAGGGUUUGUCUUUGCCCUGGAGAAGAGGGGCUAUGUGAAAGCAGGACCCUGGACUCCGGAAGCAUCUGUGGAACACCCCGAAGCAGUUCGCCAGCUUCAUCGUGAGUUCCUCCGAGCUGGAGCCAAUGUCAUGCAGACCUUCACUUUUUAUGCCAGUGAAGACAAGCUGGAGAACAGAGGGAACUAUGUUGCAGAAAAAAUAUCUGGGCAGAAAGUCAAUGAAGCUGCUUGUGACAUUGCCAGGCAAGUGGCUGACGAGGGUGACGCCUUGGUGGCAGGAGGUGUGAGUCAGACACCUUCAUACCUUAGCUGCAAGAGUGAGACCGAGGUGAAGAAAGUCUUCCAGCAGCAAUUGGAGGUCUUUAUGAAGAAGAAUGUGGACUUCCUGAUUGCAGAGUACUUUGAGCAUGUGGAAGAAGCCGUGUGGGCAGUGGAAGCCCUGAAAGCGUCUGGGAAGCCGGUGGCCGCCUCCAUGUGCAUCGGUCCGGAGGGGGAUCUGCACGGCGUGUCGCCCGGAGAGUGUGCCGUGCGCCUGGUGAAAGCAGGAGCCGCCAUCGUGGGUGUGAAUUGCCACUUCGACCCUGAAAUCAGUUUGCAGACCGUGAAGCUCAUGAAGGAAGGCCUGGAGGCUGCCCGCCUGAAAGCCCACCUGAUGGCUCAGCCUCUGGCCUACCACACCCCGGACUGCGGCAAACAGGGCUUUAUUGACCUCCCAGAAUUCCCAUUUGGCCUGGAGCCCAGAGUUGCCACCAGGUGGGAUAUUCAGAAAUACGCCCGAGACGCCUACAACCUGGGGGUCCGGUUCAUCGGCGGGUGCUGUGGCUUCGAGCCCUACCACAUCAGGGCCAUCGCAGAGGAGCUGGCCCCAGAAAGGGGCUUCUUGCCACCCGCUUCAGAAAAACACGGCAGCUGGGGAAGUGGUUUGAACAUGCACACCAAGCCGUGGGUUAGAGCCAGGGCCAGGAAAGAAUACUGGCAGCAUCUUCGGAUAGCCUCAGGCAGGCCAUACAACCCGUCCCUAUCAAAGCCGGAUGCCUGGGGAGUGACCAAAGGAACCACCGAGCUGAUGCAGCAGAAAGAAGCCACAACCGAUCAGCAGCUGAGACAGCUCUUUGAGAAACAGAAAUUCAAAUCUGGGCAGUAACCUCCGCGGCGCCCACUUCUAGCAGAUCCUUCUAUGUUUGGGCCACAGUUCCAGAAAGCAAGGAAAAAAAUGGCUAAGAAGCAAAUGCUCGGUUUAAUGCCAGCCUACACAUGAAAUUGGUAUCCACUGAAGGAAAUAGAAUCACAAAUAGCACUUGACAAUUUAAGGCGUAUGUUUUAAAAUUUACUUAGAAGCAAAAUGAGAAGUCAAUCUUAAAGCGCUUUACCCAGCACUCAACUCUGUAGAAGGUGAUAAGGAAAUCACUGUGCCCACAGAAAAGUAAUUUCAACAUUAAUCCCACUGCAAGACAUUUGCAGGCUAGUAAGGAGGUGAGAUGUGAACUCCUAAUGCCGCAGACAGAUAAAAUUCUCUAGGGAAACACCUUUCAAGCUCCUUUGAACAUGAUCCUUGGUGAUAAACUCAAAUUAUAUAAUGACCAAAUAAAGUCCAAUCUCCCAACCACUGAAAUAAAUCACUCUCCUGGUAUUUUUUUAUUCCUGAUAUAUUAAUAAAACAUGAUGUUUGUGACCCUGCAAAUGGAUUUCUGAAAUAUUAAUAAAACAUGAUGGU